AUGUGCCUCCAGGCGAACCCCUUGGAAGGGGCUUAUGAUGUGGUUUUUCACACGGAGGGGAAGCAUGACGAGGUCAUGAAAAAGGCGAGGAAGGUGGAGAAGGCCAGGCCGAUGUGCCACUACGAGGUGACAAGCUUGGCCAAGAACAACUUCAGAGUAAUAACAGUAAACAUGUAUAACCCGCAUGUUAAGGAUGAGGAGGUGAGGGUUUUUAUGGGGAGGUAUAUGGACAAUGUCUCCUCGGCAAGGCUCCUCAAAGACUUUCUAGGGUUCUGGAACGGGAGGAGAAGCUUCCAGGCUCUGUUGAGGGAAGACCCAAAGGGCCUGGGAGGUUACCUUCAUCCUCCAGCUCUGUUCUCCCUGGGGGCUGACAGGGGGACAUUGUUUUAUGCCCAUCAGCCCCCUUUCUGCAGACGAUGCAUGGCCUAUGGCCAUAAUUUCGCCUCAUGUGGGGCGAAGAAAUGCAGGGUGUGUGGGUCUGAGGCACACGAGGCGAGGGACUGUGACGAGUCGAAGAAGUGCCACGGGUGUGGAUCGUCAGCACACCUGUGGAGGGAGUGUACGGCUUGUCACAAGUCGUAUGCAGCUGCAGCUGGUGGGGGAGUAGGUGGGGGAGCAGGAGAGGAGGAAGAGGAGGAGGAGUUUCAGACCCAAGCGCAGGGCCAGAGGCAAUACCAGCGAUGACGGAGGAGGAGCCGAGAACAGCAGCGGGAGGAGAGGGGGACGGGCAGAGGACUGCCGUAGCAGUUCCGGAAGGAGAGGUGGUGCCGGAGACGGAGGGGAGUGUGGGAGAGGAGGUGCCGGAGACGGAGGCGGCAGAGGGAGAGGAGGUCGGGGAGGUGCCAGCCACAACCCUGGGAGGAGAGGAGAAGGGGGGAGAGGGGGGGCCGGAGUGGGGGGAAAGCGAGAUGUCGAGUGCCCAGGGGGAUGAGGUGAGGGAGAUGAUGGAGGAGCUGGUGAUCAAGGGGGGCUGGGUCUCCCCACUGCCGGUGUCUCCAAAGAAGAGAGGGAAGAGGAGGGGGAGAUCCUCGGAUGGGUGGUGGGGGAGAAGGGCGCUGUGGGGGAAGAAUCUCCUGUGUCCUCGCUGCUCCCCCCCAACGCACAGGGGGGGGAGGGCUCAGGAUCCCCUUCACUGUUCCCAACCUGUUUUGAGAUUGGGGUUUUGGAGGUGGAUGGUGGUGAGCCCAGGAUGCAGGGAACCCAGGAGCCAAGCACCAUUCCUACAUCCUGGGUUGGAGAGAUGGAGGGGAGUGGGGGUGCAUCUGGGGUGGAGUCGGAGUCCCUACAGGAGGAGAUGGAGCUUUUUUCCGAUCACGGCGGGGUGCUGCUGCAGGUGGGGGCACCAGUCUGCCUCUUCGGUAGGGGGUACUGGAAGUUAGAACGGGAGGUACUGGAUGAGCAGGCUUUCGUUAUGUUGAUUUCUUUAGGGGGCUUGAGGGCCUCCGGUCCAUGUGUGAGGGGUGUUAGAGUGGUGGGAAAUAGCAAAGGUGAGGAUUAGGGUUUUUAUAAUAGGAUAUUGUAAGAGGAAAAAGAGGGAGGAAAGGAGGGAGGUGGAUCAUAUCCAAAGGCUGCUCGAACUCGAGCUCGAGGCAGGCAACCUCGGCGGAUCGGUAGACUGGGAGAGAUCCUCUGCCCUAAAGGCGCAACUUAGGGAGGUGCCGGAGCGGAAGGCUUGCGCUUUCCUGGAGCGUGCGCAUAGUGGGUUUUUAGAACACGACGAGACUUGUUCCGCCGUGUUCUUUAAAUCAGUUAUUGGAAGACAGAGUAGGAAGGUAAUGUACGGGGUUAGGGAAGAAAACGGUAAAGUAGUGAGAGAAACUGAGGAAAUGGUCAAGGUGACCACAGAACAUUUCCGAGGUUUUUUUCAAGAAAGAUGUAGAGCAGGGAAACGUGUUUUUAGAACACCUGUCCCGGCGAGUGCUAGAGGACAUUAGAGAAGCGAUGAAGGCUCAGAUCUCCCUCAAAGAGUUUGAGAGCGCCCUCAGGAGGAUGGGAAAAGGGAAGGUGCCCGGGAUGGAUGGGCUGCCGGCAGAGUUUUUCCUGAAGUUUUGGGGGAAACUUGGUCCGGUAGUCCUUGAUGUCUUGAAGGCCAUCUUCGAGACGGGGGUCCCGGGGGGAUCGAUGGCCGUAGGUGUGCUGUCACUUCUUUACAAGAAGCGGGACGCAACAGACCUUGGCAACUGGCGGCCGGUGACCAUGCUGUGCGUAGAUUAUAAGCUGCUUGCGAAGGUUCUAGCGGACCGGUUGCGCACAGCCCUUCCCAGACAUAUGGGAUUAGGUGGAACCUGAGUUUGAUUAGGGACUCCAUCGCUUGGGUAGAGGAUAGAGGGCUGCCGUUAAUGGUAGCAGCACCUGAUCAGGCUAAAGCCUUUGAUCGAGUGAAUAGAUAUUUUAUUUUCAGGGUGUUAGGUAGGUUAGGUUUAGGGGAGAAGUUUAUAGGGUGGAUCCGUGCUUUAUAUGUCGGAGCAGGGUGCCGGGUUAAUGAAAACGGUCACAUGGGUGACGUUUUUUGACCUCACGUCGGGCCCGUAGUGGGUAUCCCGGCUGGGGUCUGGGAAGGAGUGCAGGUGCGUGGUCUGGACAACGGGCUCAAGGACCUGAAUUGGUUGAGCCUCCAUAAGUGCUUGCCUCUGCGUUCCAUCAUGUACAGGCGUGGUAUGACACGAUCUCACACCUGCCCAAGACCAACUUGUGGCGGGGAGGAGACAUUGCGCCAUGUUUUUUGGGGCUGUGCUUUCGCCGGGGUGGUAUGGGCUAGGGCACAGGUGUUGAUAGGCAGGGUGAGGGGGAAUUUUGUUGUGACGUGGGCUAGGAUAGAGAGAGGUGUAGGGAAAGCGAGGGGGACGGUUAGGGACAGGUUUCUGCUCUGGCUUCUCAUAAGCCUCUUUAAACGGGGGUUGUGGGAAGCUAGGCAGAAAAUGGAAAGGACAGGGAGAGAUGGGGGUGUGGAGGGGAUAGUGAGGAGGGUGGAGCAGAAUUUGAGGGGGAGAAUGAAGAGAGAGGAGAGGAAAUGA